AUGGCGUCCCUGCUUGCUCCGGUUUACAAUUACCUCAGCCUUGGCAAUGUUUUUCUGCUGUUACUUUUGCUGUUCCUUCUCCAUUACCUGAUGGUGCUUUACGAGUUCAGAAACAUGCCACCUGGUCCACGCUUAACAACCCUCCCCGUUCUUGGAAACACCUUCUCUCUUGACCAUAAGGCGGAACGAUUUCCGGAAACCUUUCGAAGGUCAGUACCUCUAGUAAUUAGAAAAGGUCAGUACGGUGGCUUAAGUCAGAAAACAAACGUUCUCGCUUUAUCCCUUAGCUCGGACAAUAGUGUAUAGUUAAGCAUACCUGGUGUACGAAAACGCAAAGCGCAAAGGCGUUGUGCAUUGCAUGAUGAAAGUUUUUAAAAUGCAAGGCGCAUGAUCCCCUAGCAAAGCUUAGGCCUCUCACGGCGAGGCAAAAACGUUUGCUGCAAGCAGGGAAAACACAUGACAAAUGAAUUUAAAGUCAACAUAUUGUGCUAAGAAAUUCACACAUGUAAUCUAUGUAAAAAUGAUUCUACUUGCCGGCGUCGCUAUCCUAGGUACCAGAGUUUUCUUCUCGCGUGCGACAGGAAGUUUCGUUUCGUCGGCCGCAGGCCGACGGGUGUUUGGCCAAAGGCCGAAGACGCGAGCGGCGAAGCCGCGAGAAAAAAAACCGCUUUUCGCGGGAGUCACUUUAAGACAACCGAAAUCGGAAACCGCGCAUGAAAAGCCUCUGGCACCCAGGUUACGGCGUCGCAUGCUAGAAUCAAAACGAUAGGAUAACGAAGUACCAGUUGAACCUUUCCACAACGGCCACCAGCUUUGGGACAGAAGAAAGAGGCCGUUGUAGAGAGGUUUAAACAAGAGUAACUGUAUUGACUGUCCGCCCAAAAAAGAAGUGGCCGUUGUAGAGAGCUGGCCUAUAUGGAGGGGUGGCCGUUAGCCAGUGGAGGUUCAUUUUGCAGAAAGGGUCACUCUCAUGUCGCGAACCGAUCUUUUUUGUGCGCCGUUCCCUUUCAGAACUGCAGGACUGAGUCUCAUUUUAAGGUGAUGAUGACUGAAUAGACAUUGUAGAGUUUGCUCUCAUUUAGGGACCAUAAUGGCAUUAUUAGGGAUGAACGUGGUGAAAUAUCCUUUUCAAAAAUGUAACUUGUCUUCUUUAGGCCACGUGAGAAAGACGUCUGUGGUAGAAGGUUCACUGGCCUACCCGAGCUUCUCUGGGCGAGCCAACUCUUCAAACAUUUCUUUGUAAAACGUGGCGAACCGCGGCCAACAAAAAAAAAAAAGAAAAAAAAAAAACGAACAAAAAGUGGGCUCCGCGGGUCACCCCUUUGUGAUGGUAGGGUCACCCUCCUAGCCUGCCCAAGUUUUCUCCCUAACAUUUACAUAUAUCAUCUUGCAACAUCUAUAACAGAUAUAUUCGCAAGCUCCUAAAUCAACUCGGUCGAGGUGACAUAAUCAGAGCAUGUGCGAGGGCUGUUUUAGACAAACAAAUCACGUGCAUAGUAUGCAAGAGCGCUGUUAUAAGAGAACGGUUGAGCGUAGACUACGAGUAGUCCCUCACUUGUCCUCAGGGAUAGUAGAGCGAGCGAAACGCGAGAACGCGAGCACGCGCGCUCGCGUUUCGCUCGCUCUACUAUCCCUGAGGAAAAAUGGGGGACUAUUCGUAGUCUAGGUUGAGCAAGUGGCUUUCGUGACUUUCCCAUAGAGAGCCUACUUGCAGGCUAUUGCUCGCAGAAACGAAAGCACUCAUGCACGACAGUUAGCGUUAAAACAUAAAUAAAUAAAUAAACAAGAAGAAGAAGAGAAGAAACACGUUCCCCUCCACAAAAAUUUAAUGGAGGAGUAUGGUUAAAAGCAUUGUUUUUCAUUUAUUUCCGCCCUUUUUCUUAAAUAUCCAGCAAAAUUUCAUUCAAUCAUAAAAUGAAUCAAUUAUUUUGGACUCCUUGGCUCAAAAAUUUUUGGAGAAGUUUUGGCUUCUCUUUUUUCGAAUGUUUUAACGUAAAAAAUCAGAAAUAUUGGAUUUUGGGGGCUGUUAAACAUUUAAAUAUGAAGUGAAUAAUUAGUAAAAAAAAUAGUUGGUAGUCCACCAUCACAAUAAGGUGCCCCUGAUCCUAUAGGCGGACUAACUGAUUGAUGCGUAUACCUUCUCUACCCUAAUUUAUUUCCUUCCUAAUCUACAUCAUUCCCUCCCCCCCCCCCCCCCAAAAAAAAACACCCAGAAUGCUCUCUUGAUGGUCGAGCAAUUACUUGUCUAUCGCUACAAGAGAGGAUUAUGCACUGCGACCGCAAUCAACGAAAGCAUAAGCCCAUCCUAAAGAGAAAUAAAACUUCUCUUCACCUCGUAAAUCAAUUCAUUGAGCUCUCCAUUUGCGACGCCAAAACCCUUCCUUUCACUUUCCUAAAACUUUUACAUUGUAGCCUUCGAGACAAGUACAACGGUAUUUUUUCCGUGAAACUUGGAAGCUUCAAGGCGCUUAUGGCAAGUUCCUCCGAGGCUGUCAAAGAAGUUCUGGUGAAGAAAUCGGCUGAUUACGCUGGAAGACCGCAAAUGCACGUUUUUUAUGAGUCUACGCUAGGUAUGUUUAAAGUUAAGAGCACGGACGCAACAACUCCUAACAUUGUUGAGGCAACAAUGUUGGAAGUUGUUGCGUCCGUGUGGGAAGUGGUGUGGAAACGGAUGCAACAGCUUCCAACAAUGUUGGACCAGUAGUGCAUCGUAGAAAGGAUACAACCCAUAAGACUUUGUAAACUCCGAGAAGACCCCGUGUAAUGAGCGCGCGUGGCCCCAACAAUGAUGAAAGAGCUGUACAAAGGGAUCCAACAUUGUUGCGUUACGCUUCGGGGACCACGGAAAAAAAGAAAUGUCGGGAGUUGUUAACUCAAAAGUUGACCCAACAAUGUUGGGAGUUGUUGCGUCCGUUUGCACGCAGCUUAAAGAAUUUAGUUUUUCCGAUUAUUUACCUCUGGAUGAGCUGUAACAGCUAAAUUCAUCUUCACACUACAUCCAAAUUUAUCUGCCUUAAUUAACCGUUUAAAUCCUAAAAUCCAAAUCGAAGUUCUGACUUGUUAACGCAAUAAAUGGAAGCAGAAGGGAGAAGUUUUUCUAGGUAUAAAUCCAUCUUGUAAGAUCAUAUCCAUAAUUCGUAGCUUAUUGAGACUACAUCCUUUUAUACAACGGUUAUGUAACACUGAGAAAUUUGAUGCUGGUCACUUUUUUGGCUAUACAAAUGGUGAGAACAAAUCAACGUUAACCUGAUUAACUAACAAAUCAGUUACCCUUUUCGCGGCUGAUGCCUUUAGGUGAGGACAACUAGCAUCGUCUGAGUAUGAGGCCCUUCCGUGUGGAAAGAAGGAAAUAAGCCUUAUACUCGGACUAUGAUUAACUCUUUUUGUAUGAAUUGAUUGACUAGAUAGAUAUACAUAAGGUACGGUUAUACAUUAGGCCAUUGAUUUACGUCAUUGUCAUGGAAUAAGAUCAUCGAGAACGAGCGCUAGAGGCGGUCAUCUUGACCGAGUCUAGCUUGAAGUUGACUGGUCUAUCUCUGCUACUUAGGGGACGGGGGAGGGUUUAAAAUGAGGCGAGAAAAAUUCGUAUUCUAUCCACAUGUAUCCCUUCUCCAACGCUCGCCCCAGUGGGUUCAUUUGAAACCAACUGCAAAAUGGCUACCAGUGAGGCCUCAACCUCGUUCCCAGGUUCUCUCUCCUCGGGUAGGAGAGAACCCUGGGGACAAGGUUGGUGAGGACUGUGAACGUACAGUCUAUCUCUCCCGCGAAACGUCCCUAGCGGGCAAGGAGCCACUGGUUUGCAGAAGUUUCAUGAUGAAAACUACUGCUUUAUGGUAAGCAAACAACGCUUUUCGUAUUGCAGGAGGGAAAGACAUAGUUUUUGGUCAAGGUCCUGCUUGGAAGUUCUAUCGAAAACUCUUCACAACAGCUUUGCGCCAGUACCUCUCGAACUCUCCUCUGAUUGAACAAAGAGUCACGACACAGAACAACAAACUGGUAAAGGUCAUAGAAAAACAAGCUGGAAAACCUUUUGAUCCUUCAGAUUGCUUGCAGAGAAGUGUUGCCGACGUUAUCUGUGGAAUUACUUUCAAAGACGGCACCGACACAACGAACCCAGACAUGGACGAGCUUCUUAAGCUAAAUGUUAUGUUUGCUGCCAGCGCGGAUGACGCUCAGUUGGCUUUAGUCCUUAAUUUUUUUUCGUGGGCACGUCACCUGCCCAUAAAUGGAUCUGAUCGUAUCAUCCAGCUAUUUUUUAAGAUGCACGAUAUCAUUCGGAAACUACUCAGAGAGAGAAAAGAAACUUUUGACCCGACAGAACCAGUGGAAGAUUUUAUGUCAGCAUUGCUUAAAGCCCAACACGACUUCGAGGAGGAAUGUGAGAACGCUGAAGAGAGGUCUACUCUGCUUUCUGAAGACCACUUCAUCGCGGCAAUUGAGGAUAUGUUUUUUGCUGGUUACGAAACCACCAGCACGAUAUUGAGAUUUGCCCUUGCUUUCUUAGCCAAUAAUCCAAAAUACCAGGAAGAAAUACAACACCAGUUAGAUGAAGUGCUUGGGAGUCGCAGACCCUCGUUGGACGAUCGCCCAAAAUUGCCACUCAUUCAAGCAACGAUCUUGGAAGUACUGAGGCUUGGAAACGUGCUACCUCUAGCAGUUCCUCAUGUAGCGGUAAACGACACAACUCUCGGUGGAUACCGUGUCCCGAAGGGCACAGUUGUCUAUCCUAACACAGAAGCUGUUCAUCUUGAUCCCAAAUGUUGGGAAAACCCGACCGUGUUCAAUCCGUACCGCCACAUAGACGCAGAAGGCAAGCUGAUCACCAACCAAGGAAAUUUCUAUCCCUUUGGAGCUGGUCGCCGCUCUUGCGCCGGUGAAUCCCUGGCCAAGGUUGAACUGUUCUUGUUUUCCUCGUGGUUGCUUCAGAGCUUUACUUUUGUUCCCGAGGACGGACAUCCACCCAAACCCAAAGCAGGUCUUGUCCAGUUUCCUUCUUCCUACACCAUACGUGCCAUCAAAAGGAAGUGA